AGAGCAGCUGGGUCUCACACCACCAGCAGUGAGGGCCACUUCCUGCCACCCACAGACCUGGCCUUUAGGCUGCUCCGAAGCCAAUGAACCCCAUGCACCCCGUGAAACCUGCCCUGCCCCCUGCGCCACACGGUGAUGGUCCAUUUGCUUACGAGGCGGUGCCUUGGCAACAGAGUGCCACUCAGCCCGCAGGAUCGCUGUCGGUCGUCACGACCGUGUGGGGCGUCGGCAACGCGGCCCAGAGCCAGGUUUUGGGGAACCCCAUGGGCCCUGCAGGGAGCCCCCCUGGCAGCUCCGUGAUGCCUGGCAUGGCCGGCAGCGGCUCUGCCCUGAAUUCCCCGCAGUGCCUCGGACAGCAGGCAUUUGGAGAGGGUGCCGCCAGCAAGGGCUUCGUGCAGCAAGGGGUGUAUGGCCGCGGGGGCUACCCCGGGGGCCCCGGCUUUACUACUGGGUAUGCGGGCGGCCCCGGGGGGCCCGGGGGCCUGGGUCUGCCCUCACACGCCACACGACCCUCCACCGAUUUCACUCAGGCGGCGGCGGCGGCCGCGGUGGCUGCUGCCGCGGCCACCGCCACGGCCACCGCCACGGCCACCGUGGCCGCCCUCCAGGAGAAGCAGAGCCAGGAGCUGAGCCAGUACGGAGCGAUGGGGGCCGGGCAGGCUUUUAACAGCCAGUUCCUGCAGCACGGAGGUCCCCGGGGGCCCAGCGUCCCCAGCAGCAUGAACGCUGCCGGCGUGGGAGGGCUGCUGGGCCCCUCUGGCAUGAGCCCCAUGAGCAUGAACCCCACCCGGGCAGCGGGCAUGGCACCCCUGUAUGCAGGGCAGCGCCUGCCCCAGCACGGGUACCCUGGGCCCCCCCAGGCCCAGCCACUGCCCCGACAGGGGGUCAAGAGAGCCUACUCCAGCGAGGUUUACCCCGGGCAGCAGUACCUGCCGGGAAGCCAGUAUGGGCCUAGCGCCACCCAGUACGCGCCUGGCACCGGGCAGCCUCCCGCCCCCUCCUCCUACCCCGGGCACCGGCUGCCCUUGCAGCAGGGCAUGGGCCAGGCCCUGCCUGCCUCUGGCCCUGCAGGACUGCACUACAAGCCUGCAGAGCAGUUCAACGGGCAGGGUGCCAGCUUCAGCGGGGGGAGCAUCAGCUACAGCCAGCCUGGCCUGAGUGGGCCCACCCGUUCCAUCCCUGGCUACCCCAGCUCCCCACUGCCGGGGAGCCCCACGCCGCCCAUGACCCCCGGCAGCAGCGUCCCCUACAUGUCCACCAGCCAGGAGGUCAAGUCCCCCUUCCUGCCCGACCUCAAGCCCAGUGUGAGCUCCGUGCACCCGUCACCCCCCGGCAGCGGCCCCUGUGACGAGCUGCGGCUGACCUUCCCUGUGCGCGAUGGGGUGGUCCUGGAGCCCUUCCGCCUGCAGCACAACCUGGCCGUGAGCAACCACGCCUUCCAGCUCCGCGACUCCGUCUACAAGACCCUGAUGCUGAGGCCUGACCUGGAGCUCCAGUUCAAGUGUUACCACCACGAGGACCGGCAGAUGAACACCAACUGGCCAGCCUCGGUGCAGGUCAGCGUCAAUGCCACCCCGCUGACCAUCGAGCGCGGCGACAACAAGACGUCCCACAAGCCCCUGUACCUGAAGCAUGUGUGUCAGCCGGGCCGCAACACCAUCCAGAUCACGGUCACAGCCUGCUGCUGUUCCCACCUCUUCGUGCUGCAGCUCGUGCACCGGCCAUCCGUCCGCUCGGUGCUGCAGGGUCUUCUCAAGAAGCGCCUCCUGCCCGCCGAGCACUGCAUCACCAAGAUAAAACGAAACUUCAGCAGCGGCACCAUCCCCGGCACGCCUGGGCCCAACGGUGAGGACGGGGUGGAGCAGACGGCCAUCAAGGUGUCCCUCAAGUGCCCCAUCACCUUCCGCAGGAUCCAGCUCCCCGCCCGCGGCCACGACUGCCGCCACAUCCAGUGCUUCGACCUGGAGUCCUACCUACAGCUCAACUGUGAGCGGGGGACCUGGAGGUGCCCCGUGUGCAACAAGACGGCGUUGCUGGAGGGGCUGGAGGUGGAUCAGUACAUGCUGGGAAUCCUCAUUUACAUUCAGAACUCCGAUUACGAGGAGAUCACCAUCGACCCCACGUGCAGCUGGAAGCCGGUGCCCGUGAAGCCCGACGUGCACGUCAAGGAGGAGCCCGACGGGCCCGUGCUGAAACGCUGCCGCACCGUGAGCCCUGCACAUGUGCUCAUGCCCAGCGUCAUGGAGAUGAUCGCGGCCCUGGGCCCCGGGGCUGCCCCCUUCGCCCCCUUGCAGCCCCCCUCGGCCCCGGCCCCUGGCGACUACCCCGGCCACGGUUCCAGCUUCCUGGGACCCGGGACCUUCCCUGACUCCUUCCCGCCUACCACGCCCAGCACCCCGGCCCUUCCUGAGUUCACCGCGGGGCCGCCCCCCAGCUCCUACCAGUCCGACCUUCCCAGCAGCCUCCUGACACCAGAGAAGGCUGCCCCCUGCCUCCCAGGCCAGAUGGCACCAGCGGGUCACCUGGACCCGGCCCACAACCCCGGGCCACAGGGGCUGCACGCUCCCAGCCUUGGGGGGCCCCCGGGGCCCCAGCUGCACCAUCCAAACCCUCCCCCAGCAUCCCGGCAGCCCCUGGGCCCAGUGAGCUCGGGCCCCAUCGGCGAGCUGGCCUUCAGCGCAGCCACAGGCGUGAUGGGGCCCCCCAUGUCUGGGGCGGGGGAGACCCCGGAACCGGCCCUGGACCUGCUCCCAGAGCUGACCAACCCCGAGGAACUGCUGUCCUACCUGGGCCCACCUGACCUCCCCACAAACAACAAUGACGACCUGCUCUCUCUCUUCGAGAACAACUGAUCCUGUAGACCCCACCCAGCCGGCGGGGACACGCCCGCAGAUGUCACCGUGCCCCGCCCCUCCCCACCU